AUUAUACAAAUAAUAAUGUUUGUUAGGUCGUUUUUAGCAAUCACUGUGUUGUUGACGGUGAUCAAUGCAACACCAAAUGCAGAUAUAUGGGCACCAGUCGAUGCCUUCCUCGAACAGGCAAUUGCAAAUGGUACAUUCCCAGGUUGCGUAGCACUAGUUGGUAACAAGGAUGGUAUACUAUAUGCAUCUGCACCUGGACACUACACAUACGGUGUGCCAACACCUCUUAAUGAUGGUGUCGUACCAAAGAUGACCAUGGAUACUUUAUUUGAUAUGGCCAGUUGCUCAAAGGUUACUGCUACUACUACUGCUAUUGCACAAUUCUAUCAAAGAGGAGAGUUGGACUUGAACGCCACAAUUGCUAGUGUGAUCGGUCAACAAUACGCUGUCAAUGGCAAGGGUCCCAUCACCAUCCUAAACUGUCUCCUCCACAACUCUGGUUACUUCCCAGACCCCGACCCCUUUUGGAACACACCAGAGUUUGGAUGUCCUGCCACUGCCAAUGAGUACCCACCCAUGGACUUCUCAUGCCAGACUCAGAUUUACAACAGCAUCAUGAACCAAUCACUCAUGAACCCCAUCGGUGCCACAUACGUCUACAGUGACCUCAACUUCAUGACUUUGAUGCUGGUGGCUGGACAUUACGCCAGAACACUUGGAUAUGUGAAGGAACAUGAUAUCAUACCAGAGUGCAAUACUGGUGGACCAGGAAUUGAUCAGUGCUACUAUGAGGCUUAUGUGAGAAAGUAUGUGUUUGACCCUGUGGGCACCAAGUUCACGGGAUACCUCCAGCCAAACUUCCUCUUCCCAUUCUCUGCACCAACCGAGAACGACACAGUCUACAUGCACACGACAAUCCAAGGUGUGGUAUCUGAUGGCAAUGCCUACGCGAUGGGUGGCAUUGGCGGCCACGCAGGUGUAUUCUCCAACGCGCCCGAGAUGUUCACCUUCAUGAAGGCCAUCAUGUUUGCUCGCGAGGACAGCUCAUACCUCAACACCACAACCAUGGAGUUGUUCACCAAGGAGUACAAUCACUCGCAGAGCAGUCGUGCACUUGGCUGGAAUACCAACGACCCGACUGUCAACGACGAGGGCUGGGACCAAUCGUGUGGAUCACUCUCACCUACUACCUGGAUGCAUCUUGGCUACACUGGCACGAUGCUCUGUGGUGAUCCCGAGCGUGAACUCAUAGUCAUCCUCUUGACCAACCGUGUCUAUCCCACGUCCACCAACGAGCUCAUCCUCAAUGUCAGGCGACCAUUUGGCAAUUUGGUACAACAAAUCUACGACGCC